GGCACUGCCCAAGGGCCCGGGGUCAGUAGGGGCCCCAUGAGAUGCCCCUAGUACCUUUCUUAAGCUUUUUUGGGUGUGGUUUAAGUGUGGGUGAGGACACAGGGGCCCCAUGAUACCCUAUUGCCCAGGGGCCCCAUGAGUUGUCAGUCCGCCCCUGGUCCAGAUGCAUCAUUUGGAGAGUCAUUCCCUGAUUUCAGGUUUCAGUAUUGGGUGUUUGCCUAUCCUUGGGGCGGCUGGAGGCCCCUCUGAAAAGCUCCCCACUAUGUAUUGCUCUUCAGAGGGCAAUGCA